UGGGUCCCCAGCAGCCAGCUGAUCAUUAGGACAAAUUGGCAGUGGUGCUACGAAAGUGCGGCCACAUCCUUCUAACCAAUAACCAGUUAAUUAGAUAUCAUUUCUCUUAAUGCUUCAAUGAUUCAGGUUGAACGGCUUGUUCCGUUUGGCAGCUGAGAGAAUAAUUGAAGGUUGGGUUAGGAGAGGGAUUGGCCUCAGGUGAGCUUUGGCUUACCCCUCCCUCCAGUACAUAAGGUUAGGCAUGACUGUGAGCAGGCAGUCACAGGAAGAACGCCAUGGCUGAGUCCCAGCUUCAGUGCUUGAGAGAUGACCAUGUGAAUGAGAAGAUCACCGAGAACUUGGUCUACUUCUACUACAGUGAGGAUCAGAGAAGGUGCCUAGAAAUUCUAGUCAACAAUGGGAUCCAGGCUUACAGACAGCACAUUAAGGAGAACCAGCUAAAGGAUUUUCUUUCUACCAAAGAACUAACAGAACUGAAAAGUGACUUUAGCAAAUAUGAAAUUGAGAGUCCAAAGAAACAAAGAAAACAACAGGCGAGUAAGCAGGAGGAGAAAGAGUCCUCCCUACAAUACUGGCCCGCACUCUCAGAUACAGAGAUCCCCCCUCUGGACCUCGGCUGGCCCGAAAAAGGGUUUUACAGAGGCGUCAGCCAGAUGCUGGUUUAUACCCAUCCUCCUAAGGAAAAUGCUCCCACCAUAAAGGCCGUUGUACGAGAUAUAAUCCAAAAAGCAAAAAAGGUAAUCGCUAUCGUAAUGGAUUAUUUUACCGACAGAGAAGUGUUCAGAGAUGUGCUGGAUGCAUCAGACAAGCGGAGAGUCCCCGUCUAUAUCAUUCUAGGAGAGGGGGGAGUCAAGCAUUUCUUGGAGAUGUGUGAAUUCAUGCAACUGUCUGGAUUUAUGCUCCGGAAUAUACGAGUGAGAUAUGUUACAGGAGUAGGAUUCUACCUGACCCCAGGGAAGGUCAGAGGCUCCAUCUCACAUAAAUACAUAAUGGUGGACGGCGACAAAGUAGCGUUUGGUUCUUUCAGGUUAACAUGGUCAUCUUUAAGAGUAGACCGCAGUAUUAUGACACUACUAUCUGGACAAUAUGCUGAACCUUUUGACAUUGAAUUCCGUGAACUCUACGCAAUGUCAGAGGAAGUAAACCUCUACAAAGAGCUGGGCUUCCCUGAUACACGACCUAGUCCCAUGUUGGGAGCAAGACCACGUUCUUCCACUGUCGCUCGUAAGCUCAUUAAUCCCAAAUACGCAUUAGUAGUAGGAAGAAGCCCAGCGCCAGGUGAAUUACUGAGAUAUGGGGCACAGAAUCCACCAGCAUCUGGAGACAAUGAGGAAAGUGAAGGCGAUAGAAGAAUGGCAAAAUUUCUUGAAGAUCUUAUAACUAUAGAGCAGGAGGUUCCAGAAAAAGUGACUUUAGACAAUCUUCCAAAGGUGGCUGUCACAUCAAAUAAACAGACUGGAAAAACACCAGAAGAUCUACGGAUAAAUAAAUCCCCAAAAAGAUCAAGCUUUAGGUUUUUCAACAAAAAACCACAAGCAAAUGCUCAGGAAAAAGAGGUUGAUGGGGGAUUUGUAUUACUGAAUAAACCAAAACUCGAUCUGAGUCAAAGCCAAAGCUUCAGAAGUCACCAAGAUCUGAGAAACUCAGGUAACAUCAGUCCUGUCUCUACUAAAAGUGAAAAACCAAAGCAAGACAAAUGCAGGAUAUCCUGAAGCAGGGGAACAUAACGGAUGAAUGCAGCAAACUUUUGUAUAUAUAUUUAUAUUUAUUGGACAUGGAAAACCAAUAUUAAAAUUAAUCUCUCCUAUGGAAUACAGUCUCAGGGAUUGUUAAAUAGUAGUAUCCCUCUUUUUGGCCAUUAUGUUUUGUCUGUAACUCCUGAAAUGCAUAUGGUCAGCUAAACAUUGCAAACAUAAAAAUGGGGGGACAAGUAGAGUAGAAAAUGGCCACAAGUAUGGGGCUGGUACAAAUUCUGUAUAUCAUAUUUUUUAGAAUUUGUCAUUAUUUGUUUUUAGAACAUUUUUAUAACCCAAAAACAUCUGAAACAGGGCUUGGAGUCUGCGGGUCAGAACUCCAGAUGAUUUUAGAUUUACUUACCUAAUAUAUGUAUAUUUUUAAAGGGGUACUCCACUGGAACACAUUUAUUUUUUAAAUCAACUGGUGCCAGAAAGUUAAACAGAUUUGUAAAUUACUGCAAUAA